UGAACCGGAUCCCAAAAACCUCUGAAAAACAACAGUAAGUUCGACAAAGGUCUGGCUGACGUUCCUCUUCAGAUUUACUCCUACACCUGCACUUCUAAAGAUGUCCAGAUUGGUGCUCCUUGUUCUGUUUGUGACAUUGCAAGCUUGCUUGACCUUGUCCAACCCGUUGCCAACUACAGCUCCAGACAAUGCAGGUCUUCUUGAAAGAGCAAAGCAGUUGUACAGAGGCACAAAGGCUAAAGUUCUAGAUGUUGGCAAGACAGUGGCUGGUUAUGCUGGCAUGUACUAUGAGGAUCAUCUAAAACCCGUUACCGACUCUUACAUGGAUUGGGCCAAAGACAGUACAAGUUCCCUGUGGCAAAGACUGAAAAACAGAUUGCCUACUCUUGGAUCAGAUUCAGAUGAAUAAACAGAACAGAUAUUGAGAAAUUAAUUCUGUAUACCGAUAUUUUGAAAUGAUCAAAUUAAAUCAUUCCUCCAAUGUACGUAUUCCA